UUCAUAUGCCACCUACCACACCAACUACUACCACUCCUACUACUACUACUACUACUACUACUACUACUACUACAGCCUUCCCGCCGUGCAACAUUACCAGGUCGAUGCUGCGAGACAAAGGGUGUAACAUUCAUUCAUCAGGAGUGAACGAAACAGAGAUUGAAAUUAUUCUCGACACUCACAACAGACUGCGCGCCAAGGUGGCGUCUGGCAGCGAAACACGAGGGGCACCGGGACCACAACCCUCUGCAGCGGAUAUGGAGCAGCUGGUGUGGAAUCCUGAGCUUGCAUGGGUAGCGCAGAGAUGGGCGGAUCAGUGUGUGUUUGAGCAUGACACGUUUGCUGACAGGAAGAUCUGCUCGCGAGAUUACGAAGUGGGACAAAAUCUUUACUAUAAAUGGGAAGGGAAAAAGAUCUCGAACUGGAGGCUUGCAGUGGAGUCUUGGUACAAUGAAGUGUAUUUCUUCAACAAGACUUCCAUCUCUUCCUUCAUGCCCAACGACUCAGCUGUCAUCAGUCACUACACGCAGGUGGUGUGGGCGUCAACGAAGGAGGUGGGUUGCGGCGCUACCUAUUACGUGCCCUUCAUGAACGGGAUCAGCCGCCUGUACGUGUGCAACUACGGGCCGCGCGGCAACCAGGUGUACGGCGCAGUGUACAGGCAGGGGCCCCCGGGCAGUCUGUGUAGCGGCGCCGUGACGCGGGAUGGCCUGUGUGUGUGACGGGGAUGGCGGAGCGUGGUGCGGGAUCUAGUGUGUGGGAGUGUGAGACGGCGGGUCGUCGUGGGUGCCGCGGGGCAGGAGCGACGCUAUCUGAGUUGCCAGGGCAGCCAGGAGUUCGCGGUACCGUGGGUGCGGAGCGGCUGCGAGCAGGCAGGCCGCGACGUCAGCCUGCACUUGGCCCGGGGAAUGGGUGGAAAGAGUCUGCAUGAAGACAGGCCGCGGGCAGCAUAGAAAGGCAAGCAGCAUGCAGGCGCCCCUCGUCGCGGCGUCCUGAACCCUCUCAGCCUCCUGAGCCAGACUCUCGCCGAAGUUCCUUGCCUCUGGGCCGGCGGUGUCGCCUCCGAGUAGGGCAAAGGCCGCCACCUGCAGCAGCGGCGCGGCGUGCUGGCGCCGGAAGUGUUGUUCCAGCACCUGUAGCAAAGGCGUGCCUUGAGGCGGCAGCAAGCAGGCAGCGGGAUCCAGGCGCAAGCCGCUGCCCACCACAGCACAAAACCAUUCGGCCACCACGGACAGCAGGGGCGCCUCGCCCGCGCCCACUGCGCUCGCCUCGCCCAGUCUACGUAGAGCCAGCAGUAACACGCGAAGAGAGAAGGGCGUGAGCGCGCGGACAGCAGCUGUCACCAGCCGCGCCUCCUCCACCACCACUGGGUCUUCGCCGCCCUGGAGCGCCUCCUCCACGGCCUGCAGCACGCGGCCGGGCGUUUGGAAGGAGUUGGCCGCCCAGAGCAGCAGUGGCGGCUCGGCCAGGGCCAUCAGGCGGCAGGCGGCAGUAGUGACAGCCUGAAGGGUGUCGCCGGGAAGCUGGCAGGCCCCGGGCAGGCCGCGCUCGUCCAGCAGGGUAAACAGCGGCGUGAGGGCGGCGCGGAGCUGUGGUGGCGGCAGCUGGUGCGGCAGCGCCUGCACCAGCGCCAGCAGAGUGGUGGUGAGGCUGGUGGUGGCCGAGGAAAGUGCUACCAGCAGUGCGGGCGCCGCCGCCCACCGCCACGCCUCGUGCACGGCUCCAGUAGCCUCCAGCAGCGUGUCCAGCCAGGGUGCGGCGUGCUGCGGCGGUGCCUCCUCCAGGUGGUCCCGCAGCAGUAGCAGGGCACUGUCCAGGAGGG